CUGGCCUUGACUUGCUCACGGAAGGUGAAGUAAAUUUGGGAUGAUUAACUAAAAAAUGGUAUUUUGAUUUAUUCUGUUCACAUCGUUGUAUUUUAUUUAGAAAAUUCGGAGUUUAUAAAUCUUAAAAAUGGGUGCCAGAUCUUCGAUGCAGUUACAAGAAGAAGAAAUCAAUGAGAUACAAAGAGAAACCGGCUUCUCUCAAAGUCAGAUUGUUAGAUUAUACAGCAGAUUUACAAGUUUAGAUAAAAGUAACAAUGGUUUUCUCAGUCGAGAAGAUUUUCUGAGAAUACCAGAAUUGGCCAUUAAUCCUCUUGGAGACAGAAUAGUACAUGCUUUCUUCCAAGAAAGUAAUGAUGAAACAGUUAAUUUUAAACAGUUUAUGAGAGUUUUAGCCAGAUUCAGACCAAUCAAAACCAAUCAAGAUAAAAAUAAGAUGAACACUAGAGAAGAUAAACUCCGAUUUGCAUUUAAGAUGUAUGAUUUAGAUGGUGAUGAUAAAAUAUCAAAAGAUGAAUUAUUAGCUGUUUUACAUAUGAUGGUUGGUGCUAAUAUAUCAGAAGAACAGUUGGGGAGUAUAGCUGAUAGAACUAUAACAGAAGUUGAUUAUAAUAAAGAUAACCAGAUAUCAUUUGAAGAAUUUAUAAAGGCCAUGGAAAAAGUAGAUGUUGAACAGAAAAUGAGCAUCAGGUUUCUCAACUAAUAAUUCAUUAUAGAUCAUGAUCGGACAGAUGGUAACUUAGCAACAUAACAACAUAUCGCUUUAAACUGUUUUAAUUUUAAAAUGAAUUAAAGAAUCCCCGCUCAACAGUAGCGCAACUGACUUGGUAGAAGUGGGAUUGUUUAAUGAAUAACGUUUUGGGUUGUGAUACCCUUUUUCAAAUGAUAACAUAAUAAUUUUAUUUUGGUUUUGUUUAGGCCUGCAACGAUUCACUGAUAAAAUCUAAUAUAAUAUGAUCGGUGCCUUCAUAACGAAUGAUGAUCUAUAUCUACUGUAGUUCUGUUAAAUGGCAGGACGAGAAAUGGCAUUAUGGGUAAAACAAAAUCCCAGUUUUAGAAAGAGGUAGAUAUCUAAAAUACUAAAAGUGUCUGUGCAUCGAGUUGCUCCAUUUUGUAAAAGAAACUACAAUCUUAGGCCUACUGAAUCGGGAUGCACAGUGUAUCACAGAUACAGGAAUCUUCACAGUUGUUGUGGAGUCAGGCCUGGAAAUAAUGUCUUUUGUGGUAUCUGACAAAAUAUCAGGCUAUAUAUUAAAUUUUGUGCAGAACCUGUAUUAAAGAUAUCAAUAAAAAGAUAAAUUUGUGCUGGAUAAAAAGGCAUACACCGUAUGAUUAGUACCUAACAAAGUUUGAAUUUGAGCCAGCAUUGUCAAUUGACGGAUGCUUUACCGGUAUUUCUAGUUUGAUUAAACCACAUGUUCUGGUAACGUACCACAGGUUCUGGUAUUGUACCGCAAGUUCUGGUAUCGUACCACAGGUUCUGGUAUCGUACCACAGGUUCUGGUAUCGUACCACACAGAUUCUGGUACCAUACAAGUUCUGGUAUCAUACCACAGGUUCUGGUGUCAUACCACAGGUUCUGGUGUCAUACCACAGGUUCUGGUGUCAUACCACAGGUUCUGGUGUCAUACCACAGGUUCUGGUGUCAUACCACAGGUUCUGGUAUCAUACCACAGGUUCUGGUGUCGUACCACAGAUUCUGGUAUCAUACCACAGGUUCUGGUGUCAUACCACAGAUUCUGGUAUCAUACCACAGGUUCUGGUGUCAUACCACAGGUACCACAGGUUCUGGUAUCAUACCACAGGUUCUGGUGUCAUACCACAGGUUCUGGUGUCAUACCACAGGUUCUAGUAUCGUACCACAGAUUCUGGUAUCAUACCACAGAUUCUGGUAUUUUUGCAGUCAUAGUUGUGUUGAAGUAUAUACAAGAAAUUGGAGUCACAAGGUCUAUAUUCUACAUAAGUUAGGAUAUCGAGUUUUACGCAAUGGUCGCAACACAAAUAAAAUAUUAAACUCUGUUUAUGUCGUAUAUUUCAAGAUAUCAUUUCCGAAAGAUGUAUAUUACUGAUUUUCAGUACAUAUCAAAACCAAAAUGAAAAAGUUGUAAAUCCAGUUUUAUUUAUUGAGAUCGGAGUAAGGAAUAAAAAAAAAAACAAUUUUUGUUUAAUUGAGGGUGUAAAGGGUAUGCCUGCCUCCAAAUAACUUUUAUCCAAUAAAUUUUAAUGUUGAUGAUUAAAAAAUUUAUGUGAAAUUUCAAUGAACAUAUCAAAUUCUUCCAAAAAACUGUUGAAAUAAAACAAGUCAGUGAUCUAAAACACAACUAUGAACUUCUACCCUGGAAUAAAUUUAAUUCGUUGAAUAUUUUACUAUUUAUCGUCCUAUUUUACCUCACUUCUUGUUGCCAAAAAAGGGGUUUAACGUUCUACUUUUCUGCACCGACUGGGCUAAUGAAGACUUGAAAUAAUAUUCGAUAUGACUAGAAAUAAUAAAAACCAGAAUAACAACAAUAAAUGGUGUAAAAUAGUGACAUAACCUCCAAAUAUUUAAUAUGGCCUUUAAUUUAAACUAGUCCCUUUAUAUGUAAUAUGCUUAAAACACAGAUCCUAUUUCGUUACGUUUUUAUUGUUCAAAAUUUCAUUUUACUUGUCUUUACUACAUUAGGAUCUGGAAGAGUUAUCAUUGACGUGUUCUGAAUGAUGCAAGCUAUUAGCCAAUGAAACGGUCUGUUACGGCAAGCUUUAGGCAUGUUUUGCACGGAACUGUGGGUAACCAACUAGAAACAUCAAUGAUGAUUGAUUAAUUGAAUGUCUGAUGUCAUAGGGUCAAAAGCUGCUCGUAUGACCUGAUCAGAUCUUCAUGUAGUGUAGGCCAUCGAAAGAAUAAAAAAACGAAACGAAAUAUAGAUCUGUAUUUUAGUCAGAUUGCUUUAUGUGUAAUUAACUACGUGUACGCAUAUAAUUUGUGUUUUAUAGUAUUUUAUGUCUUUGUUUCUUUGUUAAACUAUUUUAUUGCAUGUGUAGGUAGAAAGGUAUUGUAUAUACCUGCUCGUCGGAACAGAGUGUGUGUGUGGGGGGGGUGCUUUAGCCCCCAAUAUAAUUUGCAAAUAUCUGUUUCUUAAUUUGCCUGUUAAAGAGGAAAGACCCCACAUCGAAACCUCUGCAGAAUUAAGUUAUAAGUAACUUGUAUUCCAUAUGGAUUGUCUUGUGUGCUUUUUGUUCCUUAGUUUAAGAAACCCGUUUUGCCAUUUUGGAUUGUCUUGUGUGCUUUUUGUUCCUUAGUUUAAGAAACCCGUUUUGCCAUCUUGGAUUGUCUUGUGUGCUUUUUGUUCCUUAGUUUAAGAAAACCCAUUUUGCCAUUCAACUAACUACAGACAGCCCCCCAGCCCCCCCCCCCCCCCCCAAUGGAUUUCGUUCCGAGGGGUAUGAUAUAUAUAUAUAUAUAUAUAUAUAUAUAUAUACUAGCACAUAGUGUAGUAUUAGGUAUCAAGGCCUUGGAUAUAUGUAAUAUUGUAUAGUAGUAUAGUCCAAGACACUUGGUUCAGUCAUAUUUGACCAGAUUUUCCUUUCAUAUUCUUUGAUGUACAGCAGUGUUGCUAUUUCAAAAUAUUUCUUGUGGGUCUUUUUUUAAUGGGAAAUUGAAUUUUGUACAUUUUAAGCUGGAGCUUGAUUCAUACAGCCCUCAAUAUUUUUGAAAAUUUAAUUGUUUUUAAAUUGUUCAAAAUAUUAUUGUAAAUAUUACAACGAAAUAAUCAAUAGUAAGAUUAUAUGAAAGAGAUUAAUUCACUAAUUUAUCAUUGGUGUAAUGUAAUGGCUUCUUGUAUUUACCAAUCCGGACUCAGAAUUGACAGUUCACAUUUUAGGUCGUAUUUACUGAUCGGGACUCAGACUUGUCAGGGAAAAGAAGUUGACAGGUCGUGUUUAAGGUCAUCUUUACUGAUCCAGACUCAGACAGGACAGGGAAUGAAGUUGAUAGUUCGCAUUUUAGGUGGUAUUUACCGAUCCGGAUUCAGAAUGGACAGGGAAUGAAGUUGACAGUUCACGAUUUAGGUCGUAUUUACCGAUCCAGAUUCAGAAUGGACAGGGAAUGAAGUUGACAGUUCGCAUGGACAGAGAAAGAAGUUGAUAGUUAACAUUUUAGGUCAUAUUUACCGAUCUGGAUGAAGUUGACAGUUUGCCUUUUAGGUGGUAUUUACCGAUCCGGAUUCAGACGGGACAGGGAAUGAAGUUGAUAGUUCGCAAUUUAGGUGGUAUUUACCGAUCCAGAUUCAGAAUGGACAGGGAAUGAAGUUGGCAUUUUGCAUUUUAGGUUGUAUUUACCGAUCCGGACUCAAAAUUGACAGUGGAUGAAGUUUACAGUCGUAUAUAUUUCUGUCUGUCAAAUAAGAAAUUUUAAACCAUUUCAAGAUGUUAUUAAAUCUGUAGAAAUAUUUGAAACUGGGAAAUAUUGACCAACAAGGAAGUGAGAAUUGUGCAUUCAGUGGAAUCUGUGAUUUUGGGUGUUGGGGAGGGGAAUAACUGUUGGGCAGUUGUUAUUUACCAAUCAAAAUAUAAUUGAUCAUCCAGUCUUUUACUACUGUCUAUGUUAUUGACCUAUGACAUUCCAUGGUUAGUGAUUUGAUAGUCAAGAUCAUUCAGUAACUAAAUGAUGUAGAAAACAUGCGGGUAAGAGUACAUAUUAAAGCAGCUGCAAUGAACUGUUUGAUUUAAACCCAGGUUGGGCAAUCCUUGGUAAGUGCGUCAUACGUUGCACGCUACAAAGUUCCACAAAAAUUUAGCCAGGUUGCCCGUAUAUAAUUAUACUAUAUUUAACGAGAGAGAGAGAGAGAGAAAUGGGGUUUAAUGUCCACUUAACACAGACUAGGUCAUUUCAGGACUAACAUAUGGCCCAAUUUUAAUUCAAUGAUUUGCUUGCGCGUAAACUGGGUAACCAGAGAAAACCCACGAGGUUGGACAGGUGAUCCUACUCCUUGUCAAGUUCAACCGGGGAAUUGAAAACACGCUGUUGACUCAGUGCCAGACCUUGUGAUACAGCGCACACAUGCUAACCAUUGGGUCAUCCAACCCCCACUAAAACUAUAUUUAACCUUAGUGUAUGUGUGAUAUAAAUAAAUAUAUAUCUAUGUAUGUAUAUAAUGGCAAAUCCAUGGCUUUUUUAUUUUCCUAUAUAAUAAAUGAUAUAAAUUGAUGUAGUUUGACACAAAAUCUGGCAAUAUACCGCAAGAUUCUUGGACCAGGAACUGGUUUAUACACUUGGUAAUUCUCUUGUUUUGUUUUUUUCGGUGGUGAUGCUCUUCAAAAAAUCUGAAUUCACCACCAAUUAGCAUGCGUGUUCUUUGGACAACUACGCACUGAUUUACGGACUUCAUAUGAACCAAGCAUGAGGUCAUUGCAACCAUCUAGAAAUCUUGUUUAGGUUAAGAUUAACACCACCAAAAUUCAAGCUUAAAUUUUCAACAAACAGUAGCAAUUAGGAACAUACCAUAUGAACCGUGCAUGCCCUCAUUGCAAUGGUACAUUUUUAAUUGCUACGGUUUGUUGAAUGAUUAGACGUGAAUUUUGGUGGCGUUAAUCUUAACCUAAACAAGAUUCCUAGAUGGUUGCAAUGCGCAGUUGUCCAAAGAACAAGCAUGCUAAUUGAAUGUCGAAUUGGUGGUGAAUUCAGCUUUUUUGAAGAGCAUUGCCUUCGAAAAAAAACUCGAAUUGGUGGUGAAUUCAGCUUUUUUGAAGAGCAUUGCCUCCGAAAAAAAACCGAGAGAAUUUGCGAAGACGUAAUGUUCUGUUCCUGGUUUAUGGAUUACGCUCGUAUUGAUUGGUCAGUUAAGAUAGGCAUCGAUUUUGGGGGCAUUAUUCACGACCUAAAUCAACUUCGACCAGUAGAAACUAUCUAUUCUGUAUAUUUUUUAAAUGAUGUAUUUUUUGACACUAUCGUCCACGUCUUCACAUAUUAUCCGCAAAUUCUAGUAAAUUAUUUUCGAACGGUUACAUGUUUAUUUUGAUUAUUAACAAGAUGUAAAUAUUUCAUUCUUUUAUUGAUUCUAUGUAACUUGUUAAUUAUAAAUAAAGUUGAUUUUAGACAUC